GUCGGAUCGUAACAGCACUCUGCUCUAAACACCGCAAAAAUUUCGAGCCGUCAUUCUUUAAGAUGUCGGCCGUCAACGCAAGAAUACAAGGUAUAGAAGACACAUUCAAGAAGCUCCUAGAUGUCGUGGAUAAGCAUGGGUCACCCGGCAGGCGCCGGUCCCCCAAAUCGCGCAAGCCAAGCCAACCGCCUUGGAAGACGAUCCGGUCCAUCAUUGAUAAGUUGGCGCAAGAUAUUCAGAGUGUUAAAGAAAUGGUUGAAGGCUCCGGUAACAACACGGGGCACGACCGGAGCACGGAAGCUGAUGACGGAAACGCCACUCCGAAAAAUCCAUUACAGACCUUAGAUCAACCACCACAUAAGAGACAGCAAAUUGGCCGAAACUCUUCAGAGACCGCGGAAUGCACACAAAAGGAUGGACCUAUUUCUGUAGAUUCCAGCGCGAGGCCAGACCAUCCGGCGACACCAACGCCGCUGCUCCGUGGGUUGAACGUGGACGAGAAUCGCGCUCCAUCAACUUCUAUUCCUGAUCCACCUUGCACCGCCCCAACCACUGUACCGACCACAGUUCCUACUAGCAUGGAAAGCCCACAAGUCAAAGAAAAUACUGCAGUGGGCGUGACUAGACCACACCGUUCGAGCCACGCUAUCAUGUCGACAAUGUCUCAGUCCGACACUUCGGCACAGAGCGUCUCUGGAAUUCCUCGAAAUCCCAACAUCACCAUCUCUUAUCGGGUGGAGCAGGGCGUCGUCGUUCUAGUGCCCAUGAACAUGGAGCAGUGUCGCGAUAUGCCGUUUCUUUUCUCUCAGGCCGAG